AUGUGUGGUGGCAUGGGUGGUGGCAUGGGUGGUGGCAUGGGUGGUGGCAUGGGUGGUGGCAUGUGUGGUGGCAUGUGUGGUGGCAUGGGUGGUGGCAUGGGUGGUGGCAUGGGUGGUGGCAUGGGUGGUGGCAUGGGUGGUGGCAUGGGUGGUGGCAUGGGUGGUGGCAUGGGUGGUGGCAUGGGUGGUGGCAUGGGUGGUGGCAUGGGUGGUGGCAUGGGUGGUGGCAUGGGUGGUGGCAUGGGUGGUGGCAUGGGUGGUGGCAUGGGUGGUGGCAUGGGUGGUGGCAUGGGUGGUGGCAUGGGUGGUGGCAUGGGUGGUGGCAUGGGUGGUGGCAUGGGUGGUGGCAUGGGUGGUGGCAUGGGUGGUGGCAUGGGUGGUGGCAUGGGUGGUGGCAUGGGUGGUGGCAUGUGUGGUGGCAUGGGUGGUGGCAUGGGUGGUGGCAUGGGUGGUGGCAUGGGUGGUGGCAUGGGUGGUGGCAUGGGUGGUGGCAUGUGUGGUGGCAUGUGUGGUGGCAUGGGUGGUGGCAUGGGUGGUGGCAUGGGUGGUGGCAUGGGUGGUGGCAUGGUGGUGGCAUGGGUGGUGGCAUGGGUGGUGGCAUGGGUGGUGGCAUGGGUGGUGGCAUGGGUGGUGGCAUGGGUGGUGGCAUGGGUGGUGGCAUGGGUGGUGGCAUGGGUGGUGGCAUGGGUGGUGGCAUGGGUGGUGGCAUGGGUGGUGGCAUGGGUGGUGGCAUGGGUGGUGGCAUGGGUGGUGGCAUGGGUGGUGGCAUGGGUGGUGGCAUGGGUGGUGGCAUGGGUGGUGGCAUGGGUGGUGGCAUGGGUGGUGGCAUGGGUGGUGGCAUGGGUGGUGGCAUGGGUGGUGGCAUGGGUGGUGGCAUGGGUGGUGGCAUGGGUGGUGGCAUGGGUGGUGGCAUGGGUGGUGGCAUGUGUGGUGGCAUGUGUGGUGGCAUGGGUGGUGGCAUGGGUGGUGGCAUGGUGGUGGCAUGGGUGGUGGCAUGGGUGGUGGCAUGGGUGGUGGCAUGGGUGGGGGUGGUGGCAUGGGUGGGUGGUGGCAUGGGUGGUGGCAUGUGUGGUGGCAUGUGUGGUGGCAUGUGUGGUGGCAUGUGUGGUGGCAUGGGUGGUGGCAUGGGUGGUGGCAUGGGUGGUGGCAUGGGUGGUGGCAUGGGUGGUGGCAUGGGUGGUGGCAUGGGUGGGUGGUGGCAUGGGUGUGUGGUGGCAUGGGUGGUGGCAUGGGUGGUGGCAUGGGUGGUGGCAUGGGUGGUGGCAUGGGUGGUGGCAUGGGUGGUGGCAUGGGUGGUGGCAUGGGUGGUGGCAUGGGUGGUGGCAUGGGUGGUGGCAUGGGUGGUGGCAUGGGUGGUGGCAUGGGUGGUGGCAUGUGUGGUGGCAUGGGUGGUGGCAUGGGUGGUGGCAUGGGUGGUGGCAUGGGUGGUGGCAUGGGUGGUGGCAUGGGUGGUGGCAUGGGUGGUGGCAUGUGUGGUGGCAUGGGUGGUGGCAUGGGUGGUGGCAUGGGUGGUGGCAUGGGUGGUGGCAUGGGUGGUGGCAUGUGUGGUGGCAUGUGUGGUGGCAUGGGUGGUGGCAUGGGUGGUGGCAUGUGGGUGGCAUGGGUGGUGGCAUGGGUGGUGGCAUGUGUGGUGGCAUGGGUGGUGGCAUGUGGUGGUGGCAUGUGUGGUGGCAUGUGUGGUGGCAUGGGUGGUGGCAUGGGUGGUGGCAUGUGUGGUGGCAUGUGUGGUGGCAUGUGUGGUGGCAUGUGUGGUGGCAUGUGUGGUGGCAUGGGUGGUGGCAUGGUGUGGUGGCAUGUGUGGUGGCAUGGGUGGUGGCAUGGGUGGUGGCAUGGGUGGUGGCAUGUGUGGUGGCAUGGGUGGUGGCAUGUGUGGUGGCAUGGGUGGUGGCAUGGGUGGUGGCAUGGGUGGUGGCAUGGGUGGUGGCAUGGGUGGUGGCAUGGGUGGUGGCAUGGGUGGUGGCAUGGGUGGUGGCAUGGGUGGUGGCAUGGGUGGUGGCAUGUGUGGUGGCAUGGGUGGUGGCAUGGGUGGUGGCAUGGGUGGUGGCAUGUGUGGUGGCAUGGGUGGUGGCAUGGGUGGUGGCAUGGGUGGUGGCAUGGGUGGUGGCAUGGGUGGUGGCAUGGGUGGUGGCAUGGGUGGUGGCAUGUGUGGUGGCAUGUGGGUGGCAUGUGUGGUGGCAUGGGUGGUGGCAUGGGUGGUGGCAUGGGUGGUGGCAUGGGUGGUGGCAUGUGUGGUGGCAUGUGUGGUGGCAUGGGUGGUGGCAUGGGUGGUGGCAUGUGUGGUGGCAUGUGUGGUGGCAUGGGUGGUGGCAUGGGUGGUGGCAUGGGUGGUGGCAUGGGUGGUGGCAUGGGUGGUGGCAUGGGUGGUGGCAUGGGUGGUGGCAUGUGUGGGGUGGCAUGUGUGGUGGCAUGUGGUGGCAUGGUGUGUGGCGGUGUGGUGGCAUGUGGUUGGCAUGUGUGGUGGCAUGUGUGGUGGCAUGGGUGGUGGCAUGGGUGGUGGCAUGUGUGGUGGCAUGUGUGGUGGCAUGGGUGGUGGCAUGGGUGGUGGCAUGGGUGGUGGCAUGGGUGGUGGCAUGGGUGGUGGCAUGGGUGGUGGCAUGGGUGGUGGCAUGUGUGGUGGCAUGUGUGGUGGCAUGGGUGGUGGCAUGGGUGGUGGCAUGUGUGGUGGCAUGUGUGGUGGCAUGUGUGGUGGCAUGUGUGGUGGCAUGUGUGGUGGCAUGUGUGGUGGCAUGUGUGGUGGCAUGUGUGGUGGCAUGGGUGGUGGCAUGGGUGGUGGCAUGGGUGGUGGCAUGUGGUGGUGGCAUGUGUGGUGGCAUGUGUGGUGGCAUGUGUGGUGGCAUGUGUGGUGGCAUGUGUGGUGGCAUGUGUGGUGGCAUGUGUGGUGGCAUGGGUGGUGGCAUGGGUGGUGGCAUGGGUGGUGGCAUGGGUGGUGGCAUGUGUGGUGGCAUGUGUGGUGGCAUGGGUGGUGGCAUGGGUGGUGGCAUGGGUGGUGGCAUGGGUGGUGGCAUGUGUGGUGGCAUGUGUGGUGGCAUGUGUGGUGGCAUGUGUGGUGGCAUGUGUGGUGGCAUGUGUGGUGGCAUGUGUGGUGGCAUGUGUGGUGGCAUGUGUGGUGGCAUGUGUGGUGGCAUGUGUGGUGGCAUGGGUGGUGGCAUGUGUGGUGGCAUGUGUGGUGGCAUGUGUGGUGGCAUGUGUGGUGGCAUGUGUGGUGGCAUGUGUGGUGGCAUGUGUGGUGGCAUGGGUGGUGGCAUGGGUGGUGGCAUGGGUGGUGGCAUGGGUGGUGGCAUGGGUGGUGGCAUGGGUGGUGGCAUGGGUGGUGGCAUGGGUGGUGGCAUGGGUGGUGGCAUGGGUGGUGGCAUGGGUGGUGGCAUGGGUGGUGGCAUGGGUGGUGGCAUGUGUGGUGGCAUGGGUGGUGGCAUGGGUGGUGGCAUGGGUGGUGGCAUGGGUGGUGGCAUGGGUGGUGGCAUGGGUGGUGGCAUGGGUGGUGGCAUGGGUGGUGGCAUGUGUGGUGGCAUGGGUGGUGGCAUGGGUGGUGGCAUGGGUGGUGGCAUGGGUGGUGGCAUGUGUGGUGGCAUGGGUGGUGGCAUGGGUGGUGGCAUGGGUGGUGGCAUGGGUGGUGGCAUGGGUGGUGGCAUGGGUGGUGGCAUGGUGGUGGCAUGGGUGGUGGCAUGGGUGGUGGCAUGGGUGGUGGCAUGGGUGGUGGCAUGGGUGGUGGCAUGGGUGGUGGCAUGGGUGGUGGCAUGGGUGGUGGCAUGGGUGGUGGCAUGGGUGGUGGCAUGGGUGGUGGCAUGGGUGGUGGCAUGGGUGGUGGCAUGGGUGGUGGCAUGGGUGGUGGCAUGGGUGGUGGCAUGGGUGGUGGCAUGGGUGGUGGCAUGGGUGGUGGCAUGGGUGGUGGCAUGGGUGGUGGCAUGUGUGGUGGCAUGUGUGGUGGCAUGGUGUGGUGGCAUGGUGGUGGCAUGGGUGGUGGCAUGGGUGGUGGCAUGGGUGGUGGCAUGUGUGGUGGCAUGGGUGGUGGCAUGGUGGUGGCAUGGGUGGUGGCAUGGGUGGUGGCAUGGGUGGUGGCAUGGGUGGUGGCAUGGGUGGUGGCAUGGGUGGUGGCAUGGGUGGUGGCAUGGGUGGUGGCAUGGGUGGUGGCAUGUGUGGUGGCAUGGGUGGUGGCAUGGGUGGUGGCAUGGGUGGUGGCAUGGGUGGUGGCAUGGGUGGUGGCAUGGGUGGUGGCAUGGGUGGUGGCAUGGGUGGUGGCAUGGGUGGUGGCAUGGGUGGUGGCAUGGGUGGUGGCAUGGGUGGUGGCAUGGGUGGUGGCAUGGGUGGUGGCAUGGGUGGUGGCAUGGGUGGUGGCAUGGGUGGUGGCAUGGGUGGUGGCAUGGGUGGUGGCAUGGUGGUGGCAUGUGUGGUGGCAUGUGUGGUGGCAUGGGUGGUGGCAUGGGGUGGUGGCAUGGGUGGUGGCAUGGUGGUGGCAUGUGUGGUGGCAUGGGUGGUGGCAUGGGUGGUGGCAUGGGUGGUGGCAUGGGUGGUGGCAUGGGUGGUGGCAUGGGUGGUGGCAUGGGUGGUGGCAUGGGUGGUGGCAUGGGUGGUGGCAUGGGUGGUGGCAUGGGUGGUGGCAUGGGUGGUGGCAUGGGUGGUGGCAUGGGUGGUGGCAUGGGUGGUGGCAUGGGUGGUGGCAUGGGUGGUGGCAUGGGUGGUGGCAUGGGUGGUGGCAUGGGUGGUGGCAUGGGUGGUGGCAUGGGUGGUGGCAUGGGUGGUGGCAUGGGUGGUGGCAUGGGUGGUGGCAUGGGUGGUGGCAUGGGUGGUGGCAUGUGUGGUGGCAUGUGUGGUGGCAUGUGUGGUGGCAUGGGUGGUGGCAUGGGUGGUGGCAUGGGUGGUGGCAUGGGUGGUGGCAUGUGUGGUGGCAUGGGUGGUGGCAUGGGUGGUGGCAUGGGUGGUGGCAUGGGUGGUGGCAUGGGUGGUGGCAUGUGUGGUGGCAUGGGUGGUGGCAUGGGUGGUGGCAUGGGUGGUGGCAUGUGUGGUGGCAUGGGUGGUGGCAUGGGUGGUGGCAUGGGUGGUGGCAUGGGUGGUGGCAUGGGUGGUGGCAUGGGUGGUGGCAUGGGUGGUGGCAUGGGUGGUGGCAUGGGUGGUGGCAUGGGUGGUGGCAUGUGUGGUGGCAUGGGUGGUGGCAUGGGUGGUGGCAUGGGUGGUGGCAUGGGUGGUGGCAUGGGUGGUGGCAUGGGUGGUGGCAUGGGUGGUGGCAUGGGUGGUGGCAUGGGUGGUGGCAUGGGUGGUGGCAUGGGUGGUGGCAUGGGUGGUGGCAUGGGUGGUGGCAUGGGUGGUGGCAUGGGUGGUGGCAUGGGUGGUGGCAUGGGUGGUGGCAUGGUGGUGGCAUGGGUGGUGGCAUGGGUGGUGGCAUGGGUGGUGGCAUGGGUGGUGGCAUGGGUGGUGGCAUGGGUGGUGGCAUGGGUGGUGGCAUGGGUGGUGGCAUGGGUGGUGGCAUGGGUGGUGGCAUGGGUGGUGGCAUGGGUGGUGGCAUGUGUGGUGGCAUGGGUGGUGGCAUGGGUGGUGGCAUGGGUGGUGGCAUGGGUGGUGGCAUGGGUGGUGGCAUGGGUGGUGGCAUGGGUGGUGGCAUGGGUGGUGGCAUGGGUGGUGGCAUGGGUGGUGGCAUGGGUGGUGGCAUGGUGGUGGCAUGGGUGGUGGCAUGGGUGGUGGCAUGGGUGGUGGCAUGGGUGGUGGCAUGGGUGGUGGCAUGGGUGGUGGCAUGGGUGGUGGCAUGGGUGGUGGCAUGGGUGGUGGCAUGGGUGGUGGCAUGGGUGGUGGCAUGUGUGGUGGCAUGUGUGGUGGCAUGUGUGGUGGCAUGGGUGGUGGCAUGGUGGUGGCAUGGGUGGUGGCAUGGGUGGUGGCAUGGGUGGUGGCAUGGGUGGUGGCAUGGGUGGUGGCAUGGGUGGUGGCAUGGGUGGUGGCAUGGGUGGUGGCAUGGGUGGUGGCAUGGGUGGUGGCAUGGGUGGUGGCAUGGGUGGUGGCAUGGGUGGUGGCAUGGGUGGUGGCAUGGGUGGUGGCAUGGGUGGUGGCAUGGGUGGUGGCAUGGGUGGUGGCAUGGGUGGUGGCAUGGGUGGUGGCAUGGGUGGUGGCAUGGGUGGUGGCAUGGGUGGUGGCAUGGGUGGUGGCAUGGGUGGUGGCAUGGGUGGUGGCAUGGGUGGUGGCAUGGGUGGUGGCAUGGGUGGUGGCAUGGGUGGUGGCAUGGGUGGUGGCAUGGGUGGUGGCAUGGGUGGUGGCAUGGGUGGGUGGCAUGGGUGGUGGCAUGGGUGGUGGCAUGGGUGGUGGCAUGGGUGGUGGCAUGGGUGGUGGCAUGGGUGGUGGCAUGGGUGGUGGCAUGGGUGGUGGCAUGGGUGGUGGCAUGGGUGGUGGCAUGGGUGGUGGCAUGGGUGGUGGCAUGGGUGGUGGCAUGGGUGGUGGCAUGGGUGGUGGCAUGGGUGGUGGCAUGGGUGGUGGCAUGGGUGGUGGCAUGGGUGGUGGCAUGGGUGGUGGCAUGGGUGGUGGCAUGGGUGGUGGCAUGGGUGGUGGCAUGGGUGGUGGCAUGGGUGGUGGCAUGGGUGGUGGCAUGGGUGGUGGCAUGGGUGGUGGCAUGGGUGGUGGCAUGGGUGGUGGCAUGGGUGGUGGCAUGGGUGGUGGCAUGGGUGGUGGCAUGGGUGGUGGCAUGGGUGGUGGCAUGGGUGGUGGCAUGGGUGGUGGCAUGGGUGGUGGCAUGGGUGGUGGCAUGGGUGGUGGCAUGGGUGGUGGCAUGGGUGGUGGCAUGGGUGGUGGCAUGGGUGGUGGCAUGGGUGGUGGCAUGGGUGGUGGCAUGGGUGGUGGCAUGGGUGGUGGCAUGGGUGGUGGCAUGGGUGGUGGCAUGGGUGGUGGCAUGGGUGGUGGCAUGGGUGGUGGCAUGGGUGGUGGCAUGGGUGGUGGCAUGGGUGGUGGCAUGGGUGGUGGCAUGGGUGGUGGCAUGGGUGGUGGCAUGGGUGGUGGCAUGGGUGGUGGCAUGGGUGGUGGCAUGGGUGGUGGCAUGGGUGGUGGCAUGGGUGGUGGCAUGGUGGUGGCAUGGGUGGUGGCAUGGGUGGUGGCAUGGGUGGUGGCAUGGGUGGUGGCAUGGGUGGUGGCAUGGGUGGUGGCAUGGGUGGUGGCAUGGGUGGUGGCAUGGGUGGUGGCAUGGGUGGUGGCAUGGGUGGUGGCAUGGGUGGUGGCAUGGGUGGUGGCAUGGGUGGUGGCAUGGGUGGUGGCAUGUGUGGUGGCAUGUGUGGUGGCAUGUGUGGUGGCAUGGGUGGUGGCAUGGGUGGUGGCAUGGGUGGUGGCAUGGGUGGUGGCAUGGGUGGUGGCAUGGGUGGUGGCAUGGGUGGUGGCAUGGGUGGUGGCAUGGGUGGUGGCAUGGGUGGUGGCAUGGGUGGUGGCAUGGGUGGUGGCAUGGGUGGUGGCAUGGGUGGUGGCAUGGGUGGUGGCAUGGGUGGUGGCAUGGGUGGUGGCAUGGGUGGUGGCAUGGGUGGUGGCAUGGGUGGUGGCAUGGGUGGUGGCAUGGGUGGUGGCAUGGGUGGUGGCAUGGGUGGUGGCAUGGGUGGUGGCAUGGGUGGUGGCAUGGGUGGUGGCAUGGGUGGUGGCAUGCGUGGUGGCAUGGGUGGUGGCAUGGGUGGUGGCAUGUGUGGUGGCAUGGGUGGUGGCAUGGGUGGUGGCAUGGGUGGUGGCAUGGGUGGUGGCAUGGGUGGUGGCAUGGGUGGUGGCAUGGGUGGUGGCAUGGGUGGUGGCAUGGGUGGUGGCAUGGGUGGUGGCAUGGGUGGUGGCAUGGGUGGUGGCAUGGGUGGUGGCAUGGGUGGUGGCAUGUGUGGUGGCAUGUGUGGUGGCAUGUGUGGUGGCAUGGGUGGUGGCAUGGGUGUGGCAUGGGUGGUGGCAUGGGUGGUGGCAUGGGUGGUGGCAUGGGUGGUGGCAUGGGUGGUGGCAUGUGUGGUGGCAUGGGUGGUGGCAUGGGUGGUGGCAUGGGUGGUGGCAUGGGUGGUGGCAUGGGUGGUGGCAUGGGUGGUGGCAUGGGUGGUGGCAUGUGUGGUGGCAUGGGUGGUGGCAUGGGUGGUGGCAUGGGUGGUGGCAUGGGUGGUGGCAUGGGUGGUGGCAUGGGUGGUGGCAUGGGUGGUGGCAUGGGUGGUGGCAUGGGUGGUGGCAUGGGUGGUGGCAUGGGUGGUGGCAUGGGUGGUGGCAUGGGUGGUGGCAUGGGUGGUGGCAUGGGUGGUGGCAUGGGUGGUGGCAUGGGUGGUGGCAUGGGUGGUGGCAUGGGUGGUGGCAUGGGUGGUGGCAUGGGUGGUGGCAUGGGUGGUGGCAUGGGUGGUGGCAUGGGUGGUGGCAUGGGUGGUGGCAUGGGUGGUGGCAUGGGUGGUGGCAUGGGUGGUGGCAUGGGUGGUGGCAUGGGUGGGUGGUGGCAUGGGUGGGUGGUGGCAUGGGUGGGUGGUGGCAUGGGUGGUGGCAUGGGUGGUGGCAUGGGUGGUGGCAUGGGUGGUGGCAUGGGUGGUGGCAUGGGUGGUGGCAUGGGUGGUGGCAUGGGUGGUGGCAUGGGUGGUGGCAUGGGUGGUGGCAUGGGUGGUGGCAUGGGUGGUGGCAUGGGUGGUGGCAUGUGUGGUGGCAUGGGUGGUGGCAUGGGUGGUGGCAUGGGUGGUGGCAUGGGUGGUGGCAUGGGUGGUGGCAUGGGUGGUGGCAUGGGUGGUGGCAUGUGUGGUGGCAUGGGUGGUGGCAUGGGUGGUGGCAUGGGUGGUGGCAUGGGUGGUGGCAUGUGUGGUGGCAUGUGUGGUGGCAUGUGUGGUGGCAUGGGUGGUGGCAUGGGUGGUGGCAUGGGUGGUGGCAUGGGUGGUGGCAUGGGUGGUGGCAUGUGUGGUGGCAUGUGUGGUGGGCAUGGGUGGUGGCAUGGGUGUGGCAUGGGUGGUGGCAUGUGUGGUGGCAUGUGUGGUGGCAUGUGUGGUGGCAUGUGUGGUGGCAUGUGUGGUGGCAUGGGUGGUGGCAUGUGUGGUUGCAUGUGUGGUGGCAUGGGUGGUUGGCAUGGGUGUGGGCAUGUGUGGUGGCAUGGGUGGUGGCAUGGGUGGUGGCUGGGUGGUGGCAUGGUGUGGCAUGGUGGUGGCAUGGGUGGUGGCAUGGGUGGUGGCAUGGGUGUGGCAUGGGUGGUGGCAUGGGUGGUGGCAUGGGUGGUGGCAUGGGUGGUGGCAUGUGUUGGGUGGCAUGGGUGGUGGCAUGGGUGGUGGCCAUGUGUGGUGGCAUGUGUGGUGGGUGGUGGCAUGGGUGGUGGCAUGGGUGGUGGCAUGGGUGGUGGCAUGGGUGGUGGCAUGGGUGGUGGCAUGGGUGGUGGCAUGGGUGGUGGCAUGUGUGGUGGCAUGUGUGGUGGCAUGUGUGGUGGCAUGGGUGGUGGCAUGUGUGGUGGCAUGGGUGGUGGCAUGUGUGGUGGCAUGUGUGGUGGCAUGGGUGGUGGCAUGGGUGGUGGCAUGGGUGGUGGCAUGUGUGGUGGCAUGGGUGGUGGCAUGGGUGGUGGCAUGGGUGGUGGCAUGGGUGGUGGCAUGGGUGGUGGCAUGGGUGGUGGCAUGUGUGGUGGCAUGUGUGGUGGCAUGUGUGGUGGCAUGUGUGGUGGCAUGUGUGGUGGCAUGUGUGGUGGCAUGUGGUGUGGCAUGUGUGGUGGCAUGUGUGGUGGCAUGGGUGGUGGCAUGUGUGGUGGCAUGUGUGGUGGCAUGUGUGGUGGCAUGUGUGGUGGCAUGGGUGGUGGCAUGGGUGGUGGCAUGGGUGGUGGCAUGGGUGGUGGCAUGGGUGGUGGCAUGGGUGGUGGCAUGGGUGGUGGCAUGUGUGGUGGCAUGGGUGGUGGCAUGUGUGGUGGCAUGUGUGGUGGUAUGUGUGGUGGCAUGUGUGGUGGCAUGUGUGGUGGCAUGUGUGGUGGCAUGUGUGGUGGCAUGUGUGGUGGCAUGUGUGGUGGCAUGUGUGGUGGCAUGGGUGGUGGCAUGGGUGGUGGCAUGUGUGGUGGCAUGUGUGGUGGCAUGUGUGGUGGCAUGUGUGGUGGCAUGUGUGGUGGCAUGUGUGGUGGCAUGGGUGGUGGCAUGUGUGGUGGCAUGGGUGGUGGCAUGGGUGGUGGCAUGGGUGGUGGCAUGGGUGGUGGCAUGUGUGGUGGCAUGUGUGGUGGCAUGGUUGGUGGCAUGGGUGGUGGCAUGUGUGGUGGCAUGGGUGGUGGCAUGUGUGGGUGGCAUGUGUGGUGGCAUGUGUGGUGGCAUGUGUGGUGGCAUGUGUGGUGGCAUGUGUGGUGGCAUGGUCGAAGUAAGAGCUUCACAUAGCCUUCACUUGGUGCCAAGUGGACUCACAGAGGAGAAGGCAGGCAUGUGGAACACAGAGGAUCCUGCCCUGGCAGCAGAGGCACCAGCAGGGGGAGUAGCAGCAGGUGAGGCAGAGGGUGCAGCGGAGGAGGAGGAGGAGGAGGAUGGGUGGGAGAUAUCCCAGAGGACGAUGGUGGAGGGUGCAGUGCCGAUGGUAUCAGAGCCGCACACGAGCCAGCGGUCGUCGGCAAAGCACAGCGCAUCCAUUGCCAUGCGCACUCGCACGGGGGCACUCUGCCCUGCUGCCCUGCUGGGGGUGAAUGGAUGA